GUUGAACUUCGAAGCCUACGGCAUUUCUCAACGAGAACAAGCAAACAAGGCGCUUUCAGUCCUUGCCUUGGUUCUAUACUCUCUGUUCUUUCUCCUUCAAACCCCCAUUCACUGACACUUCAGAAUCCCCAAACAGCCAAAUAAUAACGAAAUUUCCAAGUUUCCGAUCAGUUCUCUGUGUUUGGGAUGGGGAAGAAGAAGGUGAUGUUGCCGGCUGACCAAAUCGACUGGUCUAGCGUCGAAUACGAGCCUGAGGUGAUCCAAGCCCCGCAUUUGACCGGAUUGACGUUCAAGUUGUUUGUGAGGACAGUUGAAGCGCCGAUUAUCGGUUCUUUGAUCAUAUCAUACUUGAAGAAGCAGAAUAAGAUAGUUGAGAUGUUGCGGAACACUGUUAUACCAGAACCGCCAAUGUUUAAGCCUGAGUUUCCUCCGCAAGAAGCGGAACAAGGCGUUAUAGUUGUAGAUGAAGAUGGUAAACCUGAAGACCGGGUUGAAGCAGCUUUUAAGUGUCUUCCACAUUACGAUCCUGCUAGGUGCUGGAGUGGGGAUUCCAGUCCAUUCCGCUACUGGAAGAUUCGUGAUUAUGCCUAUGCCUAUCGGUCCAAGCUUACAACUCCUUCUGUGGUUGCAGAACACAUCAUCUCAGUUAUAGAGGAGUUUAACUAUCACAAGCCCCCAACACCAUUGUUGGUUUCUUUUAAUGCUGAGGAAAUAAGAAAGCAAGCUGCAGCUUCUACACGCAGGUUUGAGGAAGGAAAUCCACUGUCAAUCUUGGAUGGGAUUUUCAUUGCAAUCAAGGAUGACAUAGAUUGCUACCCACAUCCAUCAAAGGGAGCAACUACAUGGAUGCAUGAGGUUCGUUCUGUUGACAAGGAUGCAGUUUCUGUCUCAAGACUGCGAAGCUGUGGAGUGGUUUUUAUAGGAAAGGCAAAUAUGCAUGAGUUAGGCAUGGGUACAACUGGAAACAAUCCAAAUUAUGGAACAACAAGAAACCCUCAUGCACCUGAAAGGUAUACGGGUGGAUCCUCCUCAGGCCCAGCAGCACUUGUAGCUUCUGGAAUAUGUUCUGCUGCCCUUGGAACAGAUGGUGGAGGUUCUGUCCGCAUUCCUUCAUCUCUUUGUGGUGUAGUGGGCUUAAAGACAACUUAUGGACGGACAGAUAUGCGAGGGUCACUUUGUGAUUCGGGGACUGUGGAAAUCAUUGGACCAAUAGCGUCAUCUGUGGAAGAUGUCAUGCUGGUGUAUGCGGCAAUUUUGGGCUCCUCUCCUGCAGAUAGAAUCUGCCUUAAACCGUCUCCCCCUUGUUUGCCAAACUUAUCAUCACCUUGCUAUGAAAAUGCUCUGGGAUCAUUGCGACUGGGGAAAUACACAGCGUGGUUUAAUGAUGUAUUUUCGACUGAUAUCUCUGAUAAAUGUGAAGAUAUUCUUAGGAACCUGUCAAAAACCCAUGGGUGUGAAACUGUAGAGAUAGUAAUUCCUGAACUGCGUGAGAUGCGCACUGCUCAUAUUGUUUCAAUUGGAUCUGAGGUAGCAUGUUCGCUAAAUCCUGAUUGUGAUGAUGGGAAACAUGUGAGAUUAACAUAUGAUACUCGUACAAGUCUGGCACUUUUCCGAUCAUUCACUGCAUCAGAUUAUGUUGCUGCUCAAUGUCUUAGGCGAAGGUUAAUGCACUACCACAUGGAGAUUUUCAAGAGCGUUGAUGUCAUAGUGACCCCCACAACAGGCAUGACAGCACCAAAAAUUCCAGCCAGUGCUUUGAAGCUGGGGGAGACAAACAUGCAAGUCUCAGGCUAUCUCAUGCGGUUUGUUAUUGCUGGAAAUCUUCUUGGUCUUCCUGCCAUUUCUGUUCCUGUUGGCUAUGACAAACAAGGACUUCCAAUAGGUUUGCAACUGAUAGGCCGUCCAUGGGGCGAAGCUUCAAUUUUGCGUUUGGCUCAUGCGGUAGAGGAACUCUGUGCCGAGCCUAAGAAGAAGCCUGUGUCCUUCUACAAUGUAUUGAAGACGAACUAGAAAUGGUUUGGUGAAGAACUGGCAAAGUGUAUCUUGCCACAAUGCUGUUCGCUUGUUGAAAACUUAUUGUUAAUAUUCUUUGAGAAAAGAAAAGCGAAAACUGAUGGUGAAAUCAACUUUGUCAGGUGAAACUUUUAAAUUAUAGAGCGGUGUGAGAUAGGUGAGGGUUAUUUGCUGUUUUAUAAUCCACAUUAUGUAGAAUUAUUUGAACAUCUAUAUCUUCAAUUUCCAAAUAACAAGAAUCAGUUUUC